CCCGUCUGCACACAGCUGGAGCUACGAUCAUCACAUCUCAGCUGAUCUGAGGCAGGUUUCACAGUCUCAACAACUUUUAUUCGUCUGUUCACGUCGGCAUCAAGUUCUACGUUUUGAAGACUCAGAAAUAACAUUUCCUGAGCUGAAGGUUGAACUUUGAUCAGCUGAUAUCACCCAGUUGUGGCGUGAACUGUACAGAGAAAUGAAGGAGCACGUGAUGAAAAUCCUGAUUGUCGGCGACCCGGCAGUAGGGAAGACAUCUUUUGUAGAACAAUACGUCAGCAGGCAGUUCAACGAAACGUACAAGCCGACAUCAGGAGUGGAUUUUUCUGUGAAGGCGUUGCAGUGGUCAGAUAAAGACAUGGUCAGACUGCAUAUCUGGGACAUUGCAGGCCAGGAGCGUUUCAUUUCCUUGACCAGGGUCUUCUACAAAGGGGCUCUGGGCUGCGUUGUGAUGUUUGACGUCACCGACUCGUCCAGCUUCCACAGUUGUCAAGAGUGGAAACAGGACCUGAACAACAAGGUCACGCUGCCCAGCGGAGCUCCCAUCCCCUGCAUCCUGCUGGCCAACAAGUGUGACCUUCCUGAGCGGGUGGUGACAGCAGACAGCAUCGCCGAGUUCAGCAAGAACAACGGCUUCUUCACCUGGAUGGAGGCCUCGGUCAAAGACAACAAGAACGUUGGAGAAGCCAUGAGGAGGUUGGUGCAGGAGAUCCUGUCAGUUCAGCCCAGUGAGGACCAGCCGCUGUCCAGAAGGGAAGACAGCAUCGAUCUUCAGUAUAGCAAUGCCACAAAUCAACAAAACUGCUGCUGACGACUUCCUCUGACUCCAGUUCAGUCAUGACAACCAGUUCUCCGCCUCAUCAGUUACAGGCUGCAUCCAGACAGCUGCCAUGUGUGUGGACACUCUCCGAGCAAAAUGUCAUAAAUGUAUUUAUUCAAUCCUGAAAAGGCCGAAGAAACAAACAAAGCAUAAGAAUACUGUUCCAGUUAAACACACACACACACGCACACGCGCACGUGUGCGCGCACACACACACACACACACGCACACACUGUUACACAAUGCUUUUUUCCAUCUACUUCUCUAAAGUUGCAGUAAUGUCAACACUUUCAACACUUCCCUUUUUUUGUUGCUCUGUAAUCACACCACAUACACAUUCAUUUAGACAUGUUCCCGCACACACACACACACACACACACACACACACACACACACACACACACACACACACACACACACACACACACACACAGUGCUCUUGAGAUCCUUCUUCUAAGGUGAAGAUACUCCACUCUGCAAAGGCCUAGUUUCACUCCGCAGCGCCACCUGGUGGCA